AUGGCGUCAACUACAAACUCUUCGAUAAAACAUCCAAAACCUAAUAAUGGACAAUCAUCAAAUGGGUUAUUAUCACCACAUAUGUCUGUUCUUGAAGCAUUGCAAUCAACAGCGAAUGAAGAUGAAAACAAGUCACCUCAAUACAGUCCUCAAUUCAACAAUUUUGCAAAGCAUCAAAAUACACCAACUUUCAAUGAUUUUGAGUUUACUUCAAACACAUCAUGGCAUUCAGUAGGUGAUUAUUUGGCACCAAGACCGACAAGUUCUGUUCUCUCAUCUUCAGACACUGAAGAAGAUACCCAGGACCAUGCUCCUUUAGCUAUCAAACCACGUCAAUCAAUUACAUCUGAAAGUGAUGAAAAGACAAUUGAAAUCAACAUGAAUUCUGGUAUUAAAGAUCCUGGUUCAAGUGACGGUUCAAGUUUUGUCUUACCUCAAAUGUUUAGCCAAAUUAAUGAUUCAAAUUAUGCUGAUCAAGAUUCUAAAAUCUUGAUAAUUGGUCAUAAGAAGGUCCAAUUCUUACACACAUUAGAUUAUCAGUUGCAAAAAAGAUUCACGUUGGAUAAUCAUGACAAUUAUAAUAUCAUUUUAGUCAUAUUUGAUGGAUUGAUCAAAAUUGGAAACAUUUUAAACUUUAUCAAAUAUAAUGGUACUCAAUUAAGAAACAAAUUAUUUAUCCCGAUCUUUAGAAACAUCAAUUUGAGGAUCAUUGAUAAGAUUUUAAGAAACUACAACAUAAACCUAUUAUGCUCUCCAAUCAAUCUGGAUAAUAAAUAUGAAGUUAAUAACCUAUUGAAUGUCUUAAAAGAGGAUUAUCUUUUGAAAGAUUCCAAAACCGUUGCAGAUUCUAUCAUCCCACUGCAAGAUAACCAAGUUGCAAUUGAACAAACAAUGAAUAGUUAUCAAUUAAUAAGAAUCUCCUCAUCGGAUAGUGAUGAAAGUUGUGAAAAAGAUGGAACAACUAAUAACUCAUUGGUUCUACAAAAUGACCCAUCAAGUAUCAGCUCUGAUAAAAAAGUCAUGAUAAUAAGAAAUACACCAUAUGAAAUUGUUCAUCAUAAGCAAUCCAAGAGAUCAAAGAAGUUGAAAACGAAGGAUCGUAUUCAGAAGAAGUACUUUCUAUUGGGAAUCAGUCUAAGCGUCGGUAUUGGUAUUGGUAUCACAACAGCCCUUACAAUUUCUUUCCUCAAAUCCAAAAAGGCAGUUCCACCUCCUCCAGCACCUCAUUUAAACCAUUACAAAAAAUUCACAACAUUAACAAUUGAUCAAUUAUCCAAGAGUAAUGACUUGUUGAAACGAAACUUGAUUCAUUUCAAACAACAUGUUGGUGAUUUCUCAAAGAUUGUUUAUAAUCAUUCAAAAGACUAUGUUGUUAAAGUUACUCAUUUAUGGGAUCAAUUCGUUGUGAGUGCUUCCCAAGGUGUUCAAGCGGGCGCAAUGCUUUGGUUUUUUUGA